AUGAGGGAUAGACAUGAAACGAUUAAAGGAUUUAUCACAUUGACUGGCUCACAUAUUACAAAAGCGGAGCUUCAGAUCAAACUGGCAAACUACCAUCAAGACUCACCGAUCAAAGCGACCAUCACCAGUUCGGUGCCUUACUUUCUGGAGCAGGCACAGCAAGCUAUCAACUAUAUAUCGUUGGCUAUGAAUCGAGUAGAAGCGUUUACGAUACCAUCAUAUAAACAAGCGACUAUUGAGCUUUUGGAGGACAUGUAUCAAUACGUGGACCGUGCACUCCAUGCGUUUGAUUACCCGAAUGAAGCACUCUUAUUCCCUUAUAAAGUGUGCCAUCCCAAGUUCUUUAGCCCGCCAUUGAAGCAAGAGUUGGUGAUUGAAUUCUGCAUCCAAGAUGUGUACAUUGCAUGCAACAUUUAUGCUCUUGAUUACAAUUUUUUAAAGCACGGUGCCAAAGCGGGAUCUGACAACCAACACUCGUUUGUAACCUAUAAGGAUAAACCUGUCAUGAUCUUGGAAGAAGUCAAGACACAGACACAAUCGCCUACUUUAACCGAAUUGAAGGGCACGUUGAAGCUUGUCUUGGAAUGGUGCCAAACUUACAAGCAGAUGCUGCUUCAGAUUGAAGUAUGA